UGGUGGGGGGCCCAGUGCGGCGCGGCGACCCCCGGCCUCCCGGCAUGGACGCCGCUGCGGUACAGAGCAGCUCCCCGCCGGCCGGUGCGCGACCCCGGAAGGCGGGGGUGGAGAGGCGAGACGAGAUCGCUGGGCCAGGCCUCCACCAUGGACAGAGGCCAGCCCCCGCCCCUCCCUGGUGUCCCUGCUCCUGCCAAGCCUUGAAGGCCCAAGGGAUGGUUGAGAGUUGUGCAAGGUCUGUGGGUCCAUCCAUAGUGAGAUGCCCUGUAUCCAAGCCCAGUAUGGAACACCAGCACCAAGCCCAGGACCCCAUGACCAGCUGGCAAGUGACCCCCUGAUCCGUGAGCUCAACAAGCCCACCAUGGACCUGGCCAGCCCCGAGGCAGCCCCCGCUGCCCCCACUGCCCUGCCCAGCUUCAGCACCUUCAUGGACGGCUACACAGGAGAGUUUGACACCUUCCUCUACCAGCUGCCGGGAACAGCCCAGCCAUGCUCCUCCGCCUCCUCCUCGGCAUCCUCCACAUCCUCCUCCUCGGCCACCUCCCCUGCCUCUGCUUCCUUCAAGUUCGAGGACUUCCAAGUGUACGGCUGCUACCCCGGCACCCUGAAUGGCCCACUGGAUGAGACCCUGUCCUCCAGCGGCUCUGACUACUAUGGCAGCCCCUGCUCAGCCCCAUCACCGUCCACACCCAGCUUCCAGCCACCCCAGCUCUCUCCCUGGGAUGGCUCAUUCGGUCCCUUUUCACCCAGCCAGACUUAUGAGGGCCUGCGGGCAUGGACAGAGCAGCUGCCCAAGGCUUCUGGCCCUCCCCAGCCGCCAGCCUUCUUUUCCUUCAGCCCCCACACCGGCCCCAGCCCCAACCUGGCCCAAAGCCCCCUGAAGCUGUUCCCCUCACCAGCCACCCACCAGCUGGGGGAGGGAGAGAGCUACCCCAUGCCGACGGCUUUCCCGGGCCUUGUGCCCUCUUCUCCACAUCUUGAUGGCCCAGGGAUGCUGGAUGCGCCUGUGACCUCAGCCAAGGCCCGGAGUGGGGCUUCAGGUGGAACCGAGGGCCGUUGUGCUGUAUGUGGGGACAAUGCUUCAUGCCAGCAUUAUGGUGUCCGCACCUGCGAGGGCUGCAAGGGCUUCUUCAAGCGCACAGUGCAGAAAAACGCCAAGUACAUCUGUCUGGCUAACAAGGACUGCCCUGUGGACAAGAGGCGGCGAAACCGCUGCCAGUUCUGCCGCUUCCAGAAGUGCCUGGCUGUGGGCAUGGUGAAGGAAGUUGUCCGGACAGACAGCCUGAAGGGACGGCGGGGUCGGCUCCCUUCAAAGCCCAAGCAGCUCCCAGAUGCGUCCCCUGCCAAUCUCCUCACCUCCCUGGUCCGGGCGCACCUGGACUCAGGGCCCAGCACAGCCAAACUGGACUACUCCAAGCAGCCUCGGCCCUGGGUUAAUAUUCAGGAAUUGGCAAGCAAAAGCAUGGGCGGAAUCUCAGCUCCUCUCUCACCCCCGGAGCUGGCAUCCAAGUGCAUGACACAGUGGCCUUGGCAUGGGGCCCUUCUUGGGGUGCUGACCCCAUCGGACUACCCUCCCAAGUUCCAGGAGCUGGUGCUGCCCCACUUUGGGAAGGAAGAUGCUGGGGACGUGCAGCAGUUCUACGACCUGCUCUCAGGUUCCCUGGAGGUUAUCCGCAAGUGGGCCGAGAAGAUCCCUGGCUUUGCCGAGCUGUCUCCAGGCGACCAGGACCUGUUGCUGGAGUCAGCCUUCCUGGAACUCUUCAUCCUCCGCCUGGCCUACCGGUCUAAGCCGGCCGAGGGGAAGCUCAUCUUCUGCUCUGGCCUGGUGCUGCACCGGCUGCAGUGUGCCCGCGGCUUUGGCGACUGGAUCGACAGCAUUCUGGCCUUCUCCCGGUCCCUGCACAGCUUGGUUGUCGACGUCCCUGCCUUCGCCUGCCUCUCUGCGCUUGUCCUCAUUACAGAUCGGCAUGGGCUGCAGGAGCCACGGCGGGUGGAGGAGCUGCAGAACCGUAUUGCCAGCUGCCUGAAAGAGCAUGUCUCUGCCGUGGCAGGCGAGUCCCAGCCGGCCAGCUGCCUAUCGCGCCUGCUGGGCAAGCUGCCUGAGCUGCGGACCCUGUGCACCCAGGGCUUGCAGCGCAUCUUCUACCUCAAGUUGGAGGACUUGGUGCCCCCUCCACCCAUCGUUGACAAGAUCUUUAUGGACACACUGCCCUUCUGACCCCAGCCUGGGAACAUGUGUGCACCGUGUAUGCACGCCCAUAUGCCACCCCAUGUGCCUUUAGCCCAUGGCCCACGGGUCCCUGGAGCACCCUCCGCACCGGGCCUGGGCUUGAGCUGCAGACUGGCUGGCCUCCGCACUUACUCUGGGAGGUUGGCAGGGUGCUGAUGCCCUGGAGGAGGGAGGUGCAUUCUUGGGGGUGACCCCUACUCUUUGUCUUACCCACAGCGUAGCCCUGGCCUUCAUGUUUUUGUAAGAUAAACAGUUUUUAACACACACCACCAUGCUGUAAAUAAGCUGAAUGCUGCUGUAAAUACAGGAAGGAAGAGGCUGAGAUGGGAGCGGGGGUUGGGAGUGGGUGGGUCCCAUGGGUCCUACCCGCUGGGGCAAGCCUUACCCACUGCCUCCAACUUGUCUCUUUCCCCACUCCUUCCACAUGUAUAUAAACUCACUCUAGGAAAACGACAAAUGACAGAAUCCGACAUUUAUAUUUGUGUAUUUUCCUGGAUUUAUAGUAUGUGACUUUUCUGAUUAAUAUAUUUAAUAUAUUGAAUAAAAAAUAGACAUGUAGCUGAAA